AUGGCGAAUCAAGUGAAGGCUUGUGGAGAGACAAUCAUUGAGCAGUACAUGGUUGGUAAAAUCUUGAAAUCUUUAAUAUCAAGAUUCGAUAACAUAAUGGUUGCAAUUGAAGAGUCCAAGGAUCCUUCAACCAUAAGCAAAGAAAAAAUACAAAGUUCUCUUGAGGCUCAUGAGCAAAUAAUGGAGGAAAGGAAUGUUGACAAGGCAAAGGAUGAGAUUGCUUUGUACGCCCGUUUUGUUGGAAGAGACAAUAAGGUGAAAGGAAAGUGGUCCAUGAAUAGAGGUCGAGGAAACUAUCAAAACAAUGGUGGAAAGGACUCCCAAAUUUCCAACAAAUUCAAUAUUCCAAAAUGUAAUGCCAACAAGAAAGAUUCACAAGAAGCUGAAGUAAAGUUUGCAGGGCAAGAGGAUGAUGAUAAGAGCAUGCCGUUGAUGGUGAUCACUGAAGCAGAAGACAAGACAGAAUGGAGUGAUCAUGAUUGUCAAACUCGCUAA